CUCAAGAACAAGGAAAUAUUGUUUAGAUAAGUCAAUAUCAUCUUACCGAAAUAUUGCGCGUCGAGUAUUCAGGACUAACAGAUAAGGACCUCUUAAAUUGACAAUAAAAGUGCCAAGAAAAAACAUGAGAACAUUCAUAAUUUGGAAGCCCACUAAGGUGUGUUCAAACAGUCAAUUGGGAAGUUUUUGGCAACUGAUUUUCUUUUCACUUGGUUAUUUGGACACUCUCUUCUUUGUUCACUCUUAAUAAUCAUACUGUAAAUAUUUAACACCACCUUGCGUUAAGAAUCGUUGCUUAGCAAGCCUUCACAACUAGACUAAAGUCCUAAAAUUAUGAUGAUUUAUAUAUUCGACUCCACCAAAUCCAUCAUUCACCCCAUCCAGUCAACCCCCAAAUCCCCACCCCAGUUCUAUUUUCAAUAGUUGAGAAAUUACAUUAAUCAAAAUUGAUGAGCUGUCACACAAGGGGAUUCAGAAUAGAUCAAAGUUCAUGACCCUCUAUUAUGAUUAAUAUUUUUCCAUAAAUAGAUGACCAGCUGUAGUCUACUGAAUUCUUAUCUGUCUAUAUAUUUUAUCCGUCACCUCAGUUAGACAUUCUAGAUUUUGAAACCAAAUCCAUCUCUAAAGUUAGCAGCAGUACAUUCAACCUGAUUAAAACAGGAAUCGUUCAGAACCAGAUUUUAUGGAUAAACAAGGACCAUGUUGCCAUUGCGGCACCGAGCACAAAGAUCCUCACUUGAAUCCAUACAGUGCCCCAAGAAGAAAGAGAUCAAAGCUUACACAAAGCAUUUUGUCACCUGCUCAAAUACUCAAGAGGACACUUGAUAACAAUCUCCAGGCACCAGACUUUGAAAUUAUAUCUGACGAAGAUGAACUUGUUACUCUAAUUUAUGCAAGGAACAAAUACAUUCCUCCUAAUGAGAUCGGUCUUGGAGCUAUGCUGCUUGUAACACCAACUACUACUACAGAACGCUCGACGUCUCUAUCAGCAAUGGCAGAAGAUACUGUCUCUUUUUCAAUGGAUGUUUCUAAAUAAAAUUCAUCUAUAAGUGAAUUUUUAGAUGCAUGAAUAUCACUCAUGUUGGUAUGUGAAGUCAGCUCUGAUUGUCUAGCUAGUGCAAUGUUGGCUAAAUACAAUUUGGGCUGUUCCAACAUUACGGAUUUCCCAACGCGCAACAGUCUGGGUGUUUUGAGACCAUCUAGUUUGUCUUACUCUGGAUAUUUUUAGUUUCUUCCGUUUUAUUGGAUGGAAUUUUUAAACUUGUCAAUUCUGAUUUUUGGAUGCAUUUAAUA